AUGGCUUUCCACCUAAGAUCGAUAAGUUUGCCUUCUAGGCCUCACCCCACCGAGACCGAGAUUGAAGAACAGAUGUUGAGCCUAGAGGCAAGCAUCUGUUCCUCCACGACCAUCGUCAUGAUGUGCGAGGGUCUGAGGAGGCUUGGAGACAUCUAUAAUGGCGUCGAAGAGAUCAUCUGCCUUCCAAGCAGCCAAGUCUGUGCCUACCAGCAGAGGACGGUGUUGGAUGAAGAAAUGGACGGUUCUCUCGAGCUGCUAGAUCUAUGUGGCACCAUGCAAGAGAUCUUCGCCGAGAUGAAGGCCAUCAUCCAAGAGCUGCAACUGUCUCUAAGGAAAGGGGAUGAUGCGGCUGCUCAAGCCAGUAUCCAAUCUUACACCCACUUGGCGAAGAAGGCCAAGAAUCAUUUCAAGAAGACCACGAAGUAG